GUGUCCUUUGCCUGCUCUUUCGAGUGAAUAAUAAAAACAACAUCUGCUAAUGUCAAAUUUAUCAAGUGCCUCUUAUCAGAUAAUUUAAAAAGUAUAAAAGUUAAUUGCUUUAUUUUUUAAAUUUUACUAUACAGUAAUAAUGGCUCGAGGUAACGUAAUGCUUCCAGCGAAAUCUGGAGAAUUUAUUGCUAAGCACGCAAAACACGUUAAAAUUAAUAAGGACAGCGGUGAAAAGUUGUGCAAAGAGAUACUGUCAAGUAUAAAAUGCAAUCAGUUACAAAUGCCAGAGACGGGGUCAGAUUCAAUUCAUCCUUCAAAAGACCAUCCGAGAGCAGUCGAUUGGGUCUUUGUGACAGAUGCACUGAAUUUUUGUUUUUGGUCUAAGAAUAAAGAAAAGCAAUGGGUUGUUGAUGGUUUCACUGGAUAUUUCGCUUUAGAGGCUGCGUUAAACAGAGCAAUAAAGAAUGGUGUUGACAUAACAAAUCCUGAAUUUUAUUCCAAAAUAACAAAAGAACAACUGCUUGACAUCAUGAAAGGGGACACUGAUGUUAUUAUACCACUUUUCGAGCAAAGAAUUUCUGUUUUACAUGAAAUUGGAAGUAUACUCAUUGAAAAGUUUAAUAGUACAUUUGAAACUUGCGUAAAAGAAGCCAAUAAAUCAGCGAUAAAACUGCUUGAGAUUGUUGUUGAUAACUUUCCAUGCUUCAGAGAUGAAGCAAUGUACAAUGGUCAAGCAGUUUCGUUCUAUAAGAGAGGGCAGAUCUUAGUUGCGGAUAUGUGGAAUUUUUUCAACGGUACUAGUUGGGGACAGUUUGAAGAUAUUGACAAGUUGACAAUGUUUGCUGAUUAUAGAGUGCCACAAGUUUUGGUAUACUUUGGUGUUAUUAGUUAUAGUGAUGAACUGAUGAAUAAAUUGAAUAAUGAUGAACUGCUUGAAAGUGGAUCAGAUGAAGAAAUAGAAAUACGCGGAUGCUCUAUCCAUGCAGUGGAAUUGCUGAAGAAGAGAAUAGAAGAUGAAAUAAAAGAAAAACAAUUGGCUGUAUCUGUGCCUAAUUCCAGUCUAAUUGAUUAUUAUCUCUGGUGCUACAGAAGGAAACAUGUGCAUGAGGUUGAAAGUAUACCAUAUCAUAAAACAUUAGGUAUAUUUUACUGAACAUGUGGGUAUUUUGAUGUUUUAAUGUAACUGAGACAACUACUGUGAGACAUUAUUAUAAACUAAUUAUAUAAAUGGCUAAACAAUCAUGUAUAUUUGUAUAUAUAGGAGAAAUACAUAAGUUCGUAAUUUAUUUAAUUCUUGAAUAUGAAAGUGAAGACAGUAUUAUGUUGAACAUACUUUUGUAACAGAAUAAGAUGAAUAUACAUAUCUAUUUAUGUGAUUAUUUUAAAAU